AUGAAGCGCAACGGGCACGCAGCCUCACCGGCGCCGCGCAGCUUCGACGAGCUGAAGUCCACUCGGUUAGCCGGAAGCAAGCAAGGGGGCAGCUCCGUCACUGUCUGCGGCAAGGAGGCUUCUUCUACGCUUCCCCUCGUCCUGGACACUGAUAGCGGCCGUGGCGACAACCUCUUACACGGCUCGGAUCAGACGCCAUGUGACGCCGCGGCAGGCGGCUCCUCUAUUGUAGCGAACAACACACCACGUGUAACCAAGAACAGCCCAACAUAUCCCAGAAAUGAGCAGCAGCCGCUUCUACCGCCGCACGGACGAAGCAGAGGAAACUGUGGCGUGUCUGGCAAGUCUCAAGAGCCCUCCGUCCUCCUUUUCGAAUCCCCAGUCAGCGUGCGCGAUGGUGGUGCCCAACGGACCUUGCAGCACCACACCACCGCCAGCGAUAAUGACGACGCCCGGUACCCCCAAGCGGAACUCUCCGCAUCAUCGCCGCACAGCAACGCUGGCGUGCCCGCGUCUGUCUUGUCACCCUCAGUCGCUGCCGUCGCCGCCGGCGCCAGAGCCGCUGGCGCCGCGGUGCCGUUCCUGUUCUCGCUGAAGCUGCCCCCCGCCACGGUCACGCACCUCGGCGUCGGGCGGGCGAGUGGCGCUGGCGUGGGCCAGUCCUGCGAUAGCCUCAGCGAAUCCGUGAACUCGGCGUGCGGCGUUUCCUUACUGCAUGGCCGCAAUCGAAUCACAGGCAUGGGGGAGGCCGCCGCCAGCUCCGGGCACAGCUCUCCCUUGAGAGUCGAGGAGACGACAGGGACUGGCGUCGACAGCGAGCACCACAGCCAGCAUCGCUGUCUUCAGCGCGGUUUAGGUGAAGGGAACACGAAUGCGGCCGUGACGACGCCCUUUCUGCGCGAUGCGGAGCCGCUGCCAGCAUCUGAGGCGUGGGCACGCAACCGCCUGCCCUCCGGCACCCACAUUCGUCGGCGUCCGCGCUCCGUCGUGCGGCAGCACACCGGUGCAGCGGGGACUGCCUCCAUCGGAAAUGGUACCUCGUCCAUGAUGAUGCUGGGAGACAUCGAAUCAGCAUCCUCCACGUAUGGGCAACUGGAUGGCUCCGUCAGUGGCAGCAACGCACUGGCGACAUCAUACAUGCGCCACCGCGGGGCGGCAGCGGCUUUUGUGGGCGGAAGCGCUAGCCGCGGUGGCGUAGUCAACCGUGUCGGCACUGGCCGAACACGCGAUGUGUUGCCACAAGGCACUCGCUCAGGCACUGUCACCGGUGGGGCAGUGGCAGCAGGCUACCGGCGCCGCGCAGAUCCGUCGCCGGCGCCGUCACGCCCGCCGCGGUCGCGGAGGACACGGGCAGGGGCCUCAUCAAGCAACUUUGCCGGGACCCCAAGCAGCGCUACGGUGGGCGGACCGACUUUCUCACUCUCCUCCCCGACGCAGUUCGGCUUGCGUGCCGGUCAUCAGACUAGCAUUGUUCUCCAGGCACCGAAGCGGAUUCUAUCGGAGCAGUCCUCCCCAGGAGCCUCGUCGCCACUUAACUUCAGCCUCGAGCGUGGCUCUUUCUUCCUCACAGGUGACAAGGACAGCCUUGCUGCCUCCUCCAACGCCGCGGCGAACCAUCAGCACCCCAUCGCCAGCAGCUACACGAGUAACCGCAGCGAUCGAAGUGGCGCGCACAGCGCGGGAAGGCGUGUAGUGGCAGCUAGCACGAAGCCUCCGUCAGGGCGGCGGCAAGGCUCGCUGGGGCGCGUGCUGGCGCCGGUGCAGCACAGCGCUGGUGCUAGUCACGUGGAAGACCACGGCGCCUCAUCACCAUGGCAGGACUACGCGAAGCUGGCCACCACGUACAUGAAGCUCUGUGUGGAGGUAGGCGAUGAGCCGAACAUGGACUGGGUCGCCGGUCUGUCCCUCAUGAAGGGAGGAGAGCGCCAGCACGAUAUGCUGCCGCCGCCCACGACGCUCAGCUCCGCCGACGCGAAGGAGUGCACCACCAACCACUCCCAGAGGGUGCCAAGCGCUCUCAACGGCAGCCUGGCGGUAUCAGGGCAUUUUCUGCGCUCUGGUCCUCAGCAGCAACAGCAGCACACCCCUCGUGGUGGAGUACGACCACGCAUCGCCACAGGGGCGGCGGCGUCAUCGCUAUCCGCCACCACGGCAGCUGUGGAAACCCCCACGCGGCCGCCGGCCUCGUCCGUGUCGCAGCGGGCCAGCACGCCCGCAGGGAGGCGAACAAAGUCUCCUGCUGCGCGGCACGGCGCAUCGAGCGCGAGCUCACCGUCAACGCUGCCAAAGCGCAGCGGCAGUGUUGGUCGCAUCACCUCCGUCAACCGCCCUAGCAUCUUCGGCUCGUCAACGCAGCAGCUGCAGCACACGACCACCGUUGGCGAAAGCAUCCCUCACGCACAUGGGGGCAGCUCUACCGCGUUUACUUCAUCGGCGGCGGGGGUCGAGACGGCCAUGGCGGAUGUGUACGCGCAGCAGGUGGCGAAGUACUGUGCCGAGCACCUGCAGCCCUUCGCGGACAACAUGAAGUCGCUUCAAGAGCAGCGUGCAGCCGUGGCCUUGGCGCUGCAGACAUUUUUGCGAGUUGCCCACACCUCGCUCUCGGCGUCUGCAGCGGCAGAGAAAAGCGGUGGUGAGGAGGCGGGGCGGCGCACCGUCGUGUCCGUGCGCGGACAGCACCACAGUGGACACAGCAACCGUGGGCUCGGCAGCGGCAAGGGCGGCGGCGCCAUGACCAGCACCAGCAACUCCAGUACGAGCACUACCCCACGCAAGCCAAGCAUCUCACGGAACAGCACGGCGUCAUCGCUGACCAACACGGCGACGUCCACGACGGCGGGGCACAUGAGCAGACGCGCCUCCGCGGCGGCAGCAGCAGCGGCCAAAGCCGCCUCUCUCUCAGACGCUCUUCAGACGCUGCAGACGGGCGUCGUCACGCUGCUGAACACGCUCAGCGACGGCGUCGCCCUCGCCCAGGUGCCAGCGAACAAUGUUUUAUCGUCGCCUAAGAGUGUCGGCGGAGGCAGCGCACCCCUCGGCUUGCAAGCGACGCACAUGGCGUCCGGCACGAUUACCAACCUCAUCCCUUGCACCGUCUUUCACCCAGACGAGAGCACCAGCGGCCGCGUCGAUAACGCGGCGCCUCCGACGGCGCAAACCGGGUCGCCGGUGUUGACGGCGUCUGCCGGCAUGGCGGAAAAUCUCCUUCCAUCUCCGGCGCUCACCCUCCCUGGUGCGGGAGGCAUGCACACGAGCCAGGCCCAGACCAGCGCCGUCGGCUCUUCGACAGCGGUGGCGGCGGCAGCAGCGCGUGUUGACCCCGCGGUGUCGACCUGUGCUGCCCCUUCUCGCUUUGUAGAGUUUGUGCGUGCGCAGAGGCGAGAGGUCGCGGGGCAGCUCGACGAGCUGUGCGAUGCCGUCCGUCACGCCCUCGGCUCACCGGUGACGACCCCAGAAGCUGCCGUUGGGCAGCGGCCGACGGUGAACAGUGCUGGGGGUGCCGCGGCGACGCCGGUGGUAUUGCUUGAGGCGUCGAACAUGCUGAGCACGCCGUUCUUUGUGCCGCCCAAGUGUCUGAACAGCCUUGCCAUCGCCAUGGCAGGGCGGAGCAGCGACAACGCAGCCGCAGAGAAGGGCGCGGCGGUGAUCACCGAUGUCGACGCUAUCGUCACAAGCCCGACCCUUGACACCGCUCUCAAGUUUCCCAAUGUCGUCGUCUUUCCGAAGUCCGCAAGCAGCGCCUCGUGGAAUAAACUGAAGUCCUCGAAGCUCAGCAGCAGCGGCGGCGGGAGCAUGACGGGCCGCUCCUCGGUGAGCAGCACCCCGCGCGCGCGCGUCAACGGGAUGGCUAUGCCGUACGCGCCGCUCUUCACCUUUUCCAUGGCAGCAGACGAUGACGAGGUGGGCGAUGUUGGUGUGGGAGAAGAUCUGCAAGCGCACUCCACCAGCGGGCGCAGCACGGAGGGCACUGCGGGCAACGCAUAUGUUUCCAUGGAUUGGUAUCUGCUCCGCUGCGUGCAACCCAGCGCAGCAGCAGGGGCAGGCGCAGCAGCGGCAGCGGCGGCGGCGGCGUACUCGCCCCGACUGGGCAUGGAGCGGGAGCACAUAAGUCGUUGGCAAAACUCCACCUUCAACUGGAGCACGACAGAACUAUCCAGCUCCUUAGGAAGCACCUAUGGUGGCGGCGCGGCCACGGGGAAUGUGAGGACCAAGCGCACGACGGCCAAGACCGGUAGCAAGCGAUCCGCAAGUGUCGGUGCGGGCAAGUCAGGUCGCACCGGCGGGGGCGGUGGUGGGGGUGGCAUCUACCAGUCUCGCCCAGCGCUCUCCACGUCGCAGAAGGCACCAUCGACGGCUGCACCGGCCGGGCCAAGCAAACCUCGCAAAAAGCUCUCCGCCGCGUCGCUGACGCAGCAAGAGCCAGCUCAGCAGGAGAAGAGCGAGCACCUGCAGCUGCAGCAGCAACUUGUCAAAGCCUGGACGCUAUGGACGGCGCUGCAGCCCCUCGUCGAAAAUCGGGAUGAUGUCGCCGGCGCGGGUGCCGAAGAGCCGCCGUCAUACUUGCCACAGCCGUCCUCGGCCUCAGCGAGUGUAAACGCGCCGGCCGUGGUCGGCGGGAGCCUUCGCGAUUGCCCCCUAACGGAGGAGGACGAUACCUCCACGCCACCAAUGAUGUCAACGCCAACGGCAGCAGCGACGCCUGUCGCGGUCACAGCGAGCCCCACACAGGAGGAGGCAACGCCAGACAGCGGGGACGGGCCGAUUGCCGCGCCCCAGCUACCAUUGGAGGCAGACGACGAGGAGCCCGCUCCCGUCGUGAACCCCCUGCAGAGCCCGCCACCGCCGCCACCGCUCGGCACCCUUCAUUCACUCAGCAGCCACAACGAUGGCGGCCACUUGCGCUUCGAGGAGCACAAGGAGGAUGAUGACGUGCCGUGCCAUGAGUGCAGUUUCGUACCUGUGCGCGUUGCGGACAGCAUACCGAGCCUGUCGAGCCUCCAAGGUGUGCCGCGCCGGCUGAACAUGGACGACACAGCCCUCCUCACCCACAGCGACGGCGACUCAAAUCACGUCCUGAGCGCGAAGUCCAGCGCGGCCACGUUUCUGUACUCCUCCAUGGAGAUGCCGCAGCGCACAGCCCCUCCGCAGAGCUCAGUCUCCGGUGUGGACGAUGAGUCGUCACGGAGCGCGAGCGCCAUCGCGCCCACCCGCGCUGCAGCGACAGACACACACAUGGCAGCGGCGUGCAGGAUCGCCGUGUGGUGGGCCGUCUUGCGCGACCGCCUUCACGCCGUUGCGCAGCGUCGCAAGGCACACCUGAUGGAGAAUGCUACGCAGCGGGAAAAGGUGCUGGCAGCGCGGCGCAACGCGUUCGUGCGGUUGUGGGUGUGUCGCUGGCGGCUGCGACGGUACAUGGAAGCGCGAAAGCUUCCGCAGCAGGCCUCCGCUCCAGUGGCGCCCACCGCGGCGGGGGCGACAGAGGAUGACGACUCGGAAAAGACGCGCCGGACCGCACCUGGGAAGGACAAAACACCCGCCUCCACCACGACAACAGUCGUGUCCGCGUCGCGUGAGCGCUUCCAGCGGGCGAAGGAGCAACGAAAGGCAGCCUUGGCGUCCGCCACCACCGUCACGCCGAGCAUGGCACGGCUGCCGGCGUCCUCUUCUAGCAGCAGCGGCGGCGCAAAGGACGCCGCCUUGUCCGUCCCUAUCCGUGUUCCGCCAUUGCCACUCGCCGCCAGCGGCAUCUCUACCUUUGCCAUACGUGACUAUCACGGGGAGAGCAGCAGCUUCACCGUCUCGGCGAUGCACCGACUCCUGAACGCGCCGCCCUCGCUGCUGUACGCAACGUGCAUGGUGGCGCUGCGCUACCCUACCAAUGCGCCCAUGGCGUACCUCGACAACAGCGGCGCCGGCAGCAGCGCAGCGAAACAUUGCCUCAACGGCAGCGAGGAGCGCCAGAAGAGUGAGGCGCCCCCGGCGAUGGAUGAGCGCUGUGGUGGGAUGGCCGGCAGCGAUCCGCUCGAGCGCUGGCGCCGAUCGUGGCAGACGAUGCGUGGCAGCAGUGUCGCCCACCCGCUCAGUGGGAGUGAUUGCAACGACGAUGACGGUGCUGGUGGCCGACUCACGGCGCAGCAGCGACGCUGGAUCGAAACGGGUCUGCUCUACAUCCGCUUUCAUCACCUGCGUCAGUACGUGUGUGGCAAGUACGAGGCGCUCAUCCCCGCCAGUGGCGGGCGCGGCCUCGUCGAUGAAGUUCUCAGCAGCUCCAGCGCUCGCUACAGUCCGUCCUCGCUCGACGCCACCCUCAACUCGGCGACGCGCUCGUACCGCGGCAGCGCUGGCGCAGCAGUGAAAACAGCGUUGCCUGUGCCCCUGACGAUGCGCUACGAGAGUAUCGUUGACCCGAACGAGCUGCAGCACGCCAAGCCGGUCGUGAAGCCAUUCCACCGUCCGUUUGAACAGUGGGGCAUGGCGUACAGCCUGACGUCGCGCGUGUUCUGCGCGGCCGCCAUCUACGCCUGGCAGCUAAUCUUCAGCCACACGCCCUUCGACGACGCGAAGCAGCGAGAGCUGCCGACGCGGGAGGAGCAGCAGGCGAGGCUGGAGCGCGUCGCGGACCGCAACGGCAUCAUCCUCGACUGCUACGGCAUGCGCAGCGAGCGGGAGUGGUUACGUGAGGCGACGAAGGACUUGUCCUUUGUGGGCCAAAUUUAUCUUCCGAACUACGACCGGGACGACCCGGAGCAGCAGCGGGAGAGCCGCGACAACUAUGACUUCGUCAAGAACUUUCUCUUCCAGUGCUUCCCGAGCAUCAACAAGCUGAUAGACAUCCCGGACUACCUUGUCGGGGCAGGCCUCUUCUUUGUGUUGAAGGAGGUGUUCCAUUACACAAGGGACUCCCCGUCCACGCAGCGGAUGCACGAGGUGCUGCCGCGGCUGGUGGUCGUGGAAGGGCAAGAUCACAUUGCUGCCGUUACCCCAGCCACCUCCGCCCUGGCGGGCGACGGCGCGGCUGCAGCGCGGGAUGCAACGCAGCUCUCGCCAGCUCCCUCGCGUGAGGUGACUCACGAUAGCGAUGGUGUCAAGGGGCUGUCCGGUUGGCAGCGGGCCGCACUGCAGCGCUACGAGCAGCUACGGCAGCUGCACCACCUCAGCAUUGGUAUCUUGACGCAGGAAAAGACCACCGUUGCUGUCGGCAGUGGCGCCGGCGCAGGUGGGUCGCAGGACAAGGCGACACGGUCGAAGCAAUACCAGCAGCAGAGGCGGUCUCGCUCGCCGGUGACCUGGACGACGUCGAUCGGCGGCGCAGCGAAGGACAGUGCGAAGGCAGCAAGCGGCAACGGCGGUGAGGGCAGCAGCGACUUGGCCAACUCCACGAGCACGAAGACCGCGCUGGACGACGCCACCCUGCCCCUUCGUCGCUGCAUGGCGAACGGACCCGCUGGGUCGCUAACACCGAUGCAGGCGACCCCGGGGUCCGCAGCCCUCGGCUCCUCUCUCCUCACCUCCCCCGCCGCCCUCCGCGAUGGGAUACUGGAGAAGAGUAAGAGCGGCGCCGGGGAGCGGUGCGCUUCUUCCUCUGCUAUCAUGGCACCGGCAAGGGACGCCUCCGUGCAGCUGGUGCGGGUUCCGCACCGCCUGUUGAGGCCUUCCGCCGCGGACGUGCAGUUCGUGCGCGACUUUGAGGAGGAGGUGAGCAAGUCGAUACACGGCAUCACCCGGGCCUGGAGCAGGAACGGUGGCGGAGCAUCACUGGACUUGCUCGAUGUGCGGGCGGCGUUGGCGGCCGGCGCGGCCCUGCACGAUGCGCUCGACAUCGCGUACCCGCGUCACUUCCUCGUGAAGCUGAGUGAGACGCUGUCGUUUGAGCUGUUUGGCUUGCAGCUGUCUCUAGCCAACUGUGAGGACCUGGACUCGAUGGGGCAAUGA